AUGGAUGUAUUGAAGAUGUUGGAAGGAGAUGUUGAAGUGCCGGUGAUUCCUGAUAGGCCGACGCCUCUUAGCAACCCUACUUUCACUGGAGAUGGAAAAUAUUUUAGUAUUUCGCCAGCGUUGAGUGGGCUGCAAUUGCAGGCCACCGACAUGCUCAGAAAAUAUUUACAUCCAUUCAUCAUCAUAUUCAUCAUGAGCUACACCAAUCAAAGCCAGCCUCCUGACGCCGCUGUCGGACCUCCUCCACCACCACAAGGUUAUCCGUCGGAAGGACAAAGUAAAGAGAUAUACCCAUCACAAGGAUACGUAUAUCAAGGAUAUCCGCCACAAGGAUACCCACCGCAAGGGUAUUCACCUCACGGGUACCCAUCCCAUGGGUACCCUCCACAAGGGUACCCACAACAAGGAUAUCCACAUCAUGGAUACCCUCCACAAGGAUACUCACAACAUGGGUAUCCACAACAGUAUGCCUUCCAUUAUGUUCCUCCUCAUCAACCCCCGCAAGGCAGCGGUUUCGCGGAAGGCUGUUUGGCUGCCCUAUGUUGUUGUUGUCUUUUGGAUGCAUGCUUUUGAAAAAGCUCACGAGUUGCGGAAUUCUUUACCUUUUGAUUUUGUUGUAGGAAAUAACUCAGACUUACAAAUAAAAACGUGUAUUGGUUUUCUUUAAAAUGCUCGUUUAGGUCAGUAGAUUGUGAGAGAUCAUUCAUUUAUCUGGUUUAUAUUAAAACGAUGUUUGCGG